CCGGCAUUCCAGCAAACAGCAUAGUCAACUUUAACAACGACACUUACUAGGCCUAAAGGGCCUACGUUGUUCUAUUUGCAGAUGGCUCUCCUCUCUCUCUUCAUGUUUCUCUCCAUGCUAUCAUCUUUGUGUGACUGUCACCCUCAAUCUGCUGGGUCCAUGAGGUCAAUGGCUGUAUCCAAUCAUACUGCAAGGAAAGGCUCAGACGUAGCUGCAAAGGUAGCAGGCUACGCUGAUGUGGCCAAACAGAUCAUUGACCUGGCUGUUUUUGGAGCUGCCCAGAACCGCUCUUACAGACGGCUGGCCGACUUCACCGACACCAUCGGGAACCGUGUCAGUGGCUCACAGAACUUGGAGAUGGCCAUUAAAUACAUGUACAAUGCUAUGACACAGGAUGGGUUGGACGUACAUUUAGAGCCAGUCAAAAUCCCACAUUGGGUGAGAGGGAAGGAGAGUGCAGAAAUGAUUGCACCCAGGGCCAAAAGUCUGGCUAUACUGGGACUUGGUAGCAGUGUUGGGACACCACCUGAGGGUAUCAAGGCAGAGGUGUUGGUAGUUCAGUCUUUUGAUGAACUGAAGCAAAGAGCCAGCGAAGCAAUUGGGAGGAUUGUAGUCUUUAACCAACCAUUUGUCAGCUACGGGGAGACGGUGGCUUACCGUGCUUAUGGCGCCUCUGAGGCUGCCAAAGUGGGGGCUGUGGCCACGCUCAUUCGCUCUAUUACGCCAUUCUCUAUUAACAGUCCCCACACAGGUUUGCAGGACUACCAAGAUGGAGUAAAGCGCAUCCCUUCAGCCUGUAUCACCGUGGAGGAUGCUGAGCUGAUGUGGCGUAUGGCUCAGAGAGGGCAGAGGAUCGUGGUCAGACUCACAAUGGGAGCCAAGACUCUGCCGGAUGCUGACUCCUUCAACACAGUGGCUGAGAUACCAGGCUGGGAACACCCUGAGCAGGUUGUCUUACUGAGCGGCCAUUUGGACAGUUGGGACGUGGGUCAGGGCGCCAUGGAUGAUGGAGGCGGAGCCAUGAUUUCCUGGGAGGCCCUGUCACUCAUCAAGGAAUUAGGUUUGCAUCCAAGGAGAACCCUGCGGGCGGUGCUGUGGACCGCUGAGGAGCAGGGGGGGGUCGGGGCGCAGCAGUACUUUGAUCUACACAAGGUGAACAUGUCAAACUUUGACCUGGUCAUGGAGUCUGACUUGGGGACAUUCACCCCGGAGGCUCUGCAGUUUACUGGCAGUGAUGCAGCACGAAAGGUGAUGGCAGAAGUGGUUAAACUGUUGGCUCCCAUUAAUACGACCAAACUGGAGGCACAUGGAGAAGGGACAGACAUCUCCCCGUGGUUAAAGGCAGGAGUACCAGGUGCUAGCCUCCAUGUGGCAGACAGUCGAUACUUUUGGUUCCACCACAGUGAAGGCGACACCAUGAGCGUUCAGGACCCUCAAGAAAUGAACCUCUGCUCGGCAUUGUGGGCCGUGGUCGCCUAUGUGGUGGCCGACCUACAGGACAUGUUGCCCAGGUAACCAGUUCAGGAUGCUGAGCCCCAGGGAACAGCACAAGAUCACUGUGAACUGGACGGGUUCAUUUUAAACAAACAGUCAAAUCAAAGUUCUUUUUUUAUUUACAUGAGAUUGAAUGGUUUGAUUCAGGGAAUCUUUGUUUACACAGUGAAUGUGAAUCAUACUCAGAUAAAGGAGUGUAUCCAAGAGUGGAUUAAAAGUAGAAUGUUGCAUGAUUUCAGCACAAACCUGUUUUAUUUUUUUUCAUUUUACAAUAAAAUACAUUGUCAUUGCAACAAUAAGUUUGUUUGAGAAUAAAUAUCCAAUAGAUUGACAUAAUGUUUUGACUCUGGGCGGUUCCAUGGUUAUCUUAAAUCUUAAGCAAGAUAACCAGGACUAAAAUAGGGCAUGUAAAAUCAACAUAGCACAUGCUGAUAUAUCUGUAAAGCGUCUUUGAGCACCUGUAAAAGCGCUAACAAAAUAAAUCUAUUAUUAUUAUUAUAUGACCAUUCUAUUAAAUGUUUUAUAAUGAUUUUGAGCAGAGAAGAGCACACUAUGCUGAAAACCACAGAAACAUUUGAUCUUGUUCAUGGAAAAGCUCAUUUAAAAAGUAUGGUUUACUGACUGGGAAAAGAAACCAAGAAAGUUAGAAUAGUGGACUUGCUAGGUACUUUAUUUUUCUGAAUGCUUUUAUCUUUUGAGCUGAGAAAUCAAACAGGCAACAACAAUGAGCUAAUAAAUAAGUAUUAUGAGAAAAUGUGGAACUGUUUAAAUCUGUAUCUGUCUGAAUGCAGUUAUAUUGUGCGCUGAAAAAUUAUUUAUUAGCUCAUUGCUGUUGCCUCAGCAAUGAGCUAAUAAAUAAUAAAAUGUGGAACUCUCUAAAUUCCCAAUGUUUUCAUCAAUUUCAAGAAGAAUAAGAAAGAAGAAUGACCUCAUCUUAACAUUUAAAGGAUGUUCGGUAAGAUUUAACACACCAUUGCUGUGUUGUAAUAUGAUAAUUAAAGUAUUAUCGUUUGCUUUACCACGUCA